AUGAAGUUGGUCAGGUUUCUCAUGAAGUGCGCGAACGAGACAGUUACCGUUGAACUGAAGAAUGGUACCAUCAUUCACGGCACAAUAACUACUGUCACUCCAACAAUGAACACCUCUCUCCGUACGGUGCGCAUGACGGUGCGAAAUCGCGAGCCGCAGACGCUGGAUACCAUCAAUAUCCGAGGAAGCACAAUCCGUUACUUCAUUCUGCCAGAUUCGCUACCGUUGGAUACUCUGUUGAUUGACGACAGUGUCAAGGCAAAGAAUAAGGCGAGAAAGGAAGGCGAUAAGGGUGGAGAUCGUGGUGGUCCUGGUGGUGGUGGUCCUGGUGGAAGGGGAAGAGGAAGAGGACGAGGCAGAGGAGACCGAGGUGGCCGUGGUCGAGGUGGAAGACGUUAA